GUUGUUGAUAUUGUGUUGGUUUGAGAAAUGAUAUGCAAAAUAGAUGUUUGAAAAGGAAGAAUUUUGAAGACAUUGAAUUUCUCAACAAACUAUUUGAUUUUUGAAGUACUAAAGAGUGGAAACACAUGGAGACGCUAACAUAAUAACAACGACCCGUCCACAGAUAAGACCAAGGCCGUUCAUUGCUUCCAUCCACCUGACAGACAAGAGCGCCACAAUUUUAAUUGAAAAAGGAAACAAUUUUGUAAGGAAAAGAGAAUCUCAAGCGUUUGGGUUAGUUGCAGCGUUCUUCUGAGUCCCAAACCGAAUCUAGGACCAGAACAACAACAAUUGUCUUCUAGGGUUGUUGUCUUUUCAGGAUAACACAAGCACCUCGUUUUCGUCGCCUAAUGUAACGCGAAAACAACAACAUCAUCGUCGAUGAGCUCGAGCAAUUUAACGGGGUUUGUGUUGGCCGUGGUUUCCAGCGCUUUCAUUGGCUCCAGCUUCAUCAUCAAGAAAAAGGGUCUCCAACUCGCCAGUGCCAAUGGCCCACGUGCAAGCGUUGGUGGCUAUGGUUACUUGCUUCAACCCCUCUGGUGGGUCGGAAUGAUUACCAUGAUUGUUGGAGAGAUAGCUAAUUUUGUAGCUUACAUUUAUGCGCCUGCUGUGCUUGUUACUCCACUCGGUGCUUUGAGUAUAAUUGUAAGUGCCGUCUUAGCUCAUUUUCUCUUGAAGGAGAAGUUGCAGAAAAUGGACGUGUUGGGGUGUCUUCUAUGCAUUGUGGGGUCCACUGUUGUGGUGCUCCAUGCGCCUGAGGAGAAGUCUCUUACUUCUGUGCUGGAAAUAUGGGAAUUCGCCAUUCAACCUGCAUUCCUCUCGUAUACGGCCUCUGUAAUUGCAGUGACAUUGUUCUUGGUUUUGUAUUGUGCUCCCCGCUACGGCCAGACUAAUAUUUUUGUUUAUAUUGGAAUAUGCUCGAUAAUUGGCUCCUUGACUGUCAUGAGUGUAAAAGCAAUUGGCAUUGCGAUAAAACUUACAAUAGAAGGUUCAAACCAGGCUAUCUACUUUCAGACAUGGAUUUUUGUGAUGGUUCUUGUCACCUGCGUCAUUGUCCAACUGAAUUUUCUUAAUAUGGCAUUGGAUAACUUUAACACAGCAGUUGUUUCUCCCAUCUAUUAUGCAUUGUUCACAGCUUUUACAAUAUUGGCCAGUGCAAUUAUGUUUAAGGACUAUUCUGGUCAAAGUAUAAGCAGUAUUGUGUCAGAGCUAUGUGGUUUAAUCACUAUUUUAUCUGGAACGACUCUUUUGCACAGUACAAAAGAGCCAGAUUCUCCAAUCCUUACAGAUUUAUAUACACCAUUGUCUCCGAAAAUGUCAUGGUACAUCCAAGGCAACGGUGAUCCUUGGAAACAGAAGGAGGAGGAUGCGCCGCCACCCUUUAGUUUGAUUACAGUCAUACGGCAAGACCAUUUCAAGUGACAUGUGCCUAAACUCUGCUAUAGGCAGAGAAGAGAUGGUGCUUGUUGUACCAUGUUUCCAAGGAGUGAGUUAUAGUCUAGUUUGCUUCCUUUUUUGUAUUUUUCCAAUGAUUUUGUUCCUUCCACACCAGCCUCUCUUUUUUACUUCUAUCAUUUUUUCAAUGAAGAAUAUUUCACUGUUCUGGUGAUUAGUAGGCUGAGGAAGCUAAUCAAUGUAUAUUGAUCAGUGUAGUUUCAACUUUCAACUAUUUAGUUAUUGUUUGGACA